AUGCACAUCAACAGCGUUAACAAUAACUAUGCGGACGACAAUACUCUAUGGCUGGGGCUAAAGCCAGCUACGCUGCUUAUGGUCUCAUCAGGAUUACUCCACCUGCAAACCAAGCAACUUUUAUUUUAUGCUGUCUUUGCUGCAUGUUUCCGCGAGUGGCGAGUAGGCUCAACGACCUUAAACAACCAUAAACGUGUGCGGGUGUCUAUAAAGACUACCAUUAGUAGCCGUAUAAGGGCAGCAGCAGUGCAUGGUUGCAAUUAUCAAAAAGCCAUCAUCAACAUCAUCAUCACCAUCUUCAUUGAGCUGUACAAGUUAACAAAACGGAAAAUGCAUUUUCACCUUUUCAUUGUGGAUUUAAAACCUCAAAAUUAUAUUUGCUUUAUAAGCAUUUCUCUAAUUUUGCUGUCACCAUUCGCCAAAGUCGGAAGAGACAAUAAAACGCUUUUGAUCGGUAAUGUCUAUAGGCCGAAUAAAUUGGUUCGCACGGAUGAACUGAUGGAGAAAAUACAUGAGGUUUCUAUGUCGUUCAAUGAAAUUAUCAUCACAGGUGAUUUCAACUCGAAUUUGCUUUUAGAUAAUAACUUGAUUAGUGACUUUAAUACAUAUGGCUUACAUUCUGUUAAUUCGGAUACUCCAACUCAUUAUACAAAUACAUCUGAGACUCUAUUGGAUCUUUUUCUUGUUGGGUCAGUGGAUAAGGUGCUGCUUUAUGACCAACUUUCUGCUAGUUGUUUCUCCAGGCAUGACAUUAUUUUCUUAAAUUAUAAUUUUACUAUGGAAUACGAGGAUAAAACUAUUUGGUAUAGAGACUUUAGACAUGUAGACAACGAGAACUUACUGACGGAUCUGCUCUCAGUGGAAUGGAGUGCGAUAUACCACUACGUGGAUGUGAACGAGAAAGUAAGAUUUCUUGAAGAGAAUGUGAUCCGCCUCUACGAGAGAUACGUGCCUUUGAAACGUAGGGUUGUCAAAUCAAGGCAGCAGCCCUGGAUAACCGGACGAGUGACUGAAUUGAUUUCUAAAAGAAAUCGGGCUUACAACCACUCUAAGGCAUUCGAUUCCGUGGAUCACACGAUAUUGGCAUCUAAACUUACAACCUUGUUUAAUUUUGACGACACAGCAGUUCGGUUUAUUGCAUCAUAUCUGGACAGGCGCACACAGGCUGUUUACUCUAACGGUAUGAUGUCUGAUUUCUUGGAGCUUACUCGUGGUAUUCCUCAGGGUUCUGUGCUGGGACCACUAUUAUUUUCAUUAUAUGUCAAUGAUAUUGCAAGCAUACCUGAUGGAUAUGACAUGCACAUAUACGCUGAUGAUGUGCAAUUGUGUUUCUCUUGCAGGACGAGUGAUACAAGGUCAUAUGUGGCGUGGAUUAAUUUGCAGUUAAUUGCCAUCAGUGAUUGGGCAACCAAGAAUGGCUUGAAGUUGAAUCCUGACAAGACGAAGUGCAUUGUUAUCUCGAGAAAGUCUAUAGAUACAUUGUCUUUGCCUAGGCUUGCCUUAGGUGACAAGACCAUAGAGUAUGUGCAGACUGCAAGGAAUUUAGGGGUAUUAUUUGACAAUACUCUGUCCUGGAAUAGGCAUAUUGAGUUGGCUAUAGGACAGAUUUAUGAGUUAAAUAUCAAAAAAGUUAAUGAUCUGAUGGAACGUGAAUUUGAAAAAUGGUUGGUUAUAGCUCAUCAAGGAUGUGCCUUUCACGAUGGUGGUUCUACAGAAAGUGAGGGUGUACGCUUUAUACGCCUCCGUGAAGAUGCCAAUAUAGGCAAGGACAUACUCACCAUAAAAGCCUAUCCCCGUUCAAAGAUCUCUCUGCAAUCGCCUGAGAAUACAGGAGAUCACAAAUAUUUUGCCAUACAUGAGUAUAAUUUAACCUCAGUGGUUGUGACUCUGACACGAUCACUGGAAGAUCUCGUGGAUCGAGAUGUGCCAAGAAAUUUACUAAAAUUUCGCAUAGUUUGUGCUGCAAAAAAUGAGAAACUCGAAGAGGGCAGCUAUCUGUCUGUGACAGUGUAUAUUGAAGAUGUCAAUGAUAAUAAGCCAGAGUUUCUGAACACUCCCUAUAUAGUGGAUAUAAAAGAGAAUACCCCACCGGGUACCAUAGUCUUUGAGGGUAUUCAGGCCUUUGAUCGCGAUAAACCUAAUACACCCAAUUCGGAGGUUCAUUUUAGUAUGUCUACCGUGCCGGAACAAUUGUCGGCUGAUGGCAGUCCUUAUUUUUCCCUUAAAUCUCCACAUCGUCCUUUGUUGAUAUUGAAAAAGGAAUUGGAUUUUGAUAAUGGCAUACGGUUAUUUAAAUUGCCUUUAUUUGCCUGGGAUAGGGGAACUCCGGCGAAUCAGGUCAACACCACCAUAACCAUUAAUGUGCGAGAUGUGGAUGAUUUGCCGCCAAAAUUUACCGAAGGUGUAUAUCGUUCGAAGAUAGAUGAAUUCUAUCCAAUGACGGGCAUGCCCAUUAGAAUACCUUUGUAUUUUAGUCCACCCAUUAUGGCUUUUGACCAGGAUUCUUUGAAUGCUUCCUUGGUUUAUGACAUCAUCUCUGGCAAUGAGCGUAAGCUAUUUCGCGUCAAUCCCAACAAUGGCAUAGUGUAUUUGCAAAAGGAAAUCGAUUUGGAGGAAGAGAGUCUGCCGGGCAAUACUUUCGUUUUGCAGAUUGAGGCAAGGCAGAAGGAUAAUCCAUUGAAGAAGGCUUUAGCAAGAAUCGAAGUAGAAAUUCUCGAUCUCAAUGACAAUGUUCCGGAAUUCGAAGCUGAUUUCUACAAUAUAUCCAUUGUGGAAAAUCUACCGACUGGCUUUAGUGUCCUGCAAGUGAAUGCCGUGGAUCGUGAUCAAGGCGAAAAUGCCGAAUUCCUUUACAAUCUCAAGGAACAUGCCGAUGCCAAAGGGGCAUUUUGCAUAGAUUCUCGCUCGGGUUGGAUCACAGUGCGUGAUGAUCGUUUUUUGGAUCGUGAAAAACGCAAGGCCAUACAUUUGGAAGUAGAGGCUUUGGAAAGAAUGCCCUCAUACAUGGAUGAUGUCAAUCUCAAAAAACCUUCACCAAAUUCUGUUAAAGUCGAAAUUACACUACUCGAUCAAAAUGAUAAUACGCCAAAAUUUGAACAUGGAAAUCUCUAUGAGUUUAAAGUUCCCCUCACAGCACCUGUGGGCUAUAUGGUGGGACAAGUGUUGGCUCUGGAUCCCGAUGAGGGGCCCAAUGGUAUGCUGAUCUACGAUAUGCAGAGGCCAAAGAAAAGUGGUUACAUACCUUUUCGUUUGGAUAAUAAAAAUGGAACGAUUUAUGUUUCGGGACCUUUGAGGAGAGGAAGAAUAGCAGUGUUUGUGGAGGCCAGUGAUCAGCCCCUUAAUCCCUCGGAACGCCGCUUUUCCUUGGCCGUCAUAACCAUAGAGGUCUUUGCAACUUUGGAUGAUCAGUCCAUAGAUUUCAUAGGAGCUCCCUAUGAAUUUUGGAUUGGCUCAAAUGCUCCCUUGGGCACCUCAGUGGGUCAAGUUAGAACCACCCUUAUCUACGAGAGUGAUGAUGAGAUUAUGUAUGAUCUACUGCACACCUAUUCUGAGGGUGUACCCUUUGCCAUUGAAGAAAGAUCCGGUAUAAUUACCGUCAUAAGGGAGUUGCAAGAGUUCAAGAGAAAGGUCUAUCAUUUUGAGGCGGUGGCAAAUUAUCUUUUUGCCAAUGCCACUCAACCUUUGGUGAUGGCUCGCAGUAAUCAGCCCUUGACUACGGUACCAGCUCCGGAUUUAACCGACGAAGGUGUUCUUAUAACGAAUGUCACAAUACAUGUUAUUUCAAAGCCAGAAAAUCAAGUGCCAUUAAGACCGGUUAUAGAGGAGAUCAAUAUGAACAUCAUCAAGUUCCACAUCGAGGAGAAUAUCGUAGGAGGCAUAAUAGGACAACUACUCUACAAGAAUGGCAUCAACAUUGUCAACAACGAUUUGGAGUCUUUUAGAAGUUUACCCGCCGCACCCGAAGCAAAUGUAACCCUAAACUCCCGAUUUCGCAGUAAAACUUCGGCAAGACGGCAAACAAGGAAGCGUUUGCCCCGACGCCUGGCCCAAGAGAAUAACAUCAAGCUGCGCUAUAUCAUAGCCAAUCAGCAAGAGGUGAUCAAUAAGAUCACCAUAACUGAAGAUGGUACUCUGUUAACUCUUACGGGCUUGGAUCGUGAACAAAAGGACACGUACGAUCUGACGGUGAUAGUGGAAUACACCACUGGUUUGGUGAGUGGCGCUGGCAUAUAUCAGGUUGAGAUAAAAGUGGAUGAUGUCAAUGAUAAUGCCCCAGAGUUUAAUGAUCUAAACUACAUGGGCCUUAUAAAGGAGAAUAGUGUGAAGGGUGUGGAGGUGGCCUUGCACAAGCCCAUAGUGAUUACGGAUAAGGAUUUGGGCAAGAAUGCCGAAUUUAAGGUGAUAUUACAAGGAGACUAUAGUGAAUUAUUCGAUAUCACCUGGGUGGAGCAGGAGAAUGCAUCUAUCCUCAAUAAUUUACCUCGCAAGCCGGAACUGUUCAAUGUCUUCAAUCUCUCAGAUCAAUGGAAUGAUGAUUUGAAGUUUCUGGAAAUGCAAGCAGAUCUGAAACCUUUCAAUUUAAGAAUGCAUAAUCAGCCCUUUUUUAAGGUCUCCUAUUCGGGAUCCAGACCUUUGGAUCGUGAAAAAGAUCAGAUAUAUAAUUUAAAGAUAUUUGCCAUAGACUCGGGCGGCCUGAGUUCCUAUGCCAAUUUGAAUAUUCUCAUAGCUGAUGUCAAUGAUAAUGCCCCCAUUUUUGAAAGAAUUUCAGUGUUCAAGGAUUCACGUGUGGAGAUAAGGGAAUAUACCACCGAUAUGGAGAUAUAUUUUGUGGAGUCUUCAAUGAAUGUAAUGCCCAAUAUGGCCUCGCUGAACAGCAACAUAGUGCUGCCUCCCUAUUUUAUACCAGGUUCACCUCGUCUUAGUCCUGCAGAGGGAGGCUUUAAUGAGACUAAAACGGCAGCAAGACCACGAUCUCUGGCCAGAAGUAGGGGACGUCCCAGAAUAGCCAGGGCCAUGGGGGGUUUAAGUAAAUGCCCCCUAUUUGCUGUGUAUGAAGAUACUCCAGUGCAAAAGAAAAUCCUACAAAUCACCGCCACUGAUGAGGAUUAUGGUCGGAAUGCCCAGGUUCAAUAUGACAUAGUAAUGGAGAAUGUGGAGAAACUGUAUGGAGCUGGCACUCAAUUACCCGGCAAACUUAACCAGCACAAAUAUUUUACUGUAGAUAAACUGACAGGAGAGAUUAUGGUCAAUUAUCCCCUGGCGGCCAAUAUUGAGGUGAUACUAAACAUCACCGCCUCGGAUAUAGACAAUCUGCAAGACUCCACCUGCCUAAGGUUUACCAUCAUCGAUGUGAAUAAUCAUGCUCCAGUGUUUAAGAAGAGCUGGUAUAGUUUUGACACUGCCGAGGGAGAAUACAAAGAUUCAGUUUUGGGUCAAGUUUUGGCGGUGGAUUUGGAUUUUGGAGAGAAUUCCAAUGUCUCAUAUGCCCUAAGUGACUCGGAGUUGCCUUUCAAGAUAAAGCCCUUGUCCGGCGUCAUAAAGAUCACUGGUUCCCUGGACCGGGAGGUAAGGGACACCUAUAACUUCCAUGUCAUAGCCUAUGAUAAUGCUGAGCCCUUGUAUCGUCUCUCCUCCUCGGUUGAGGUGGAGGUUAAUGUCUUGGAUUUGAACGACAAUAAACCUGAAUUCAUAGGCUAUGAUGAUUUGGUCAAGGCAGAGUUGUAUAUUCCCGACAUACCGGACCGCACUAUGAAAGUGCCUCUCUAUAAAUCGUUUUUGGAUCGCAAUACCAAAAUCGGGUCCUUUGUCAAGCAGGUGAAUGCCUUGGACAAGGACUAUCUGGGUAAUGGAAAUGGCCUGGUAUUGUAUUCAUUACAGCAUCAUGAUAAUCAAUUGCUCUUCAACAUUGACUCCAGGGAAGGUAUCAUAACCACCAUAUCGAAUUUCCGGGGCUACAAUAACUAUGGCCACUUGAAUGUCACUGUUAUUGCAUCCGACUUGGGUAGUCCCUCUCUGUCAUCAACAGCCAUAGUCUUGAUAAACCUGCAGGGUCAGGUUAUAGUGGAGACCACUACCACAACCACCACUCCCAAACCUCUGGAUAUUAUGGCCUUGACCAAUACUUCCAUAUUCCAACACCAAUACUAUGAAAUACAAAUACUGGAAAAUAAUGAAGCACCCACCGAGCUGAUGAAAGUAAAUUUCACCAAAGAUUUUCAGCCUGAAUCACUGAAAUGGUCUCUUUGGCUGGAGGAAGGUCAAGAUCCACUGGAAGAUGCCUAUCCACCCUUUGAGUUUGAUCCCAAAUUAUCCAUCCUCUACGCUCUGAAGUCCUUUGAUCGUGAACAAAUGGAACGCUAUCAAGUGCGUUUAAAAGGUGAAAAACCUAAUCGUGAGGGUCGAACUUAUACCCGCUUAGCCUACCCCGUGGUGGAUGAACGUCUCGAGGGCUUGGAGCACAAUGAAUGUCGUAUUUUAAUAAAAAUUCUGGAUGAGAAUGAUAAUGCUCCCGUUUUUAAGACCUCAGGGCAGCCAAUUAUAGCUGUGGUGCCACGAUCGGCAAAUUUUGGUUAUCCCAUAACUCGUGUGGAGGCCAGUGAUCCGGAUUUUGGCCUUAAUGCUGAAAUACGCUAUCGUUUGCUCAACGAUCACUCCCGUCUAUUUGCCAUUGAUGAGAUAAGUGGCAAGAUUAGACUUAUCAGUACUAUUGAGUCCACUACUGAUCGAGUGUAUGGAUUUGAUGUAAAGGCCAUGGAUAGGGCGGGGGCAGAUGAUGGCAAAAGCAAUAUCAUCAAUGUCUUUGUCUAUGUCAUUGAUGAAAAGAAACAGGUGCGUGUGGUGGUGGCUGGCAAGCCAGUGGAUGUGGAGAAGAAAAUCGAUGCCUUGAUGUUGGCCUUGAGCGAUGCCAUUGGUAUGGAGGUGCGAGUGCGUUUGCUGGAGCCCCAUAUAGGAGGAAAGGAACCAGCCACCGAUGCCUACAUCUAUGCCGUGGAUCACCGAACAAAUGCCAUAGUGGAAAUGGAGCAACUUCAAGAAUCUUUGUCCACCAUUCAAUUGGAUACAUUGCAGUUGCAUCAACAACAACAGCUGCAACAAAAUGCCCAAAACGGCUAUUGGGAUAUAACCAAGACAAUGCCUCGCAUCAUUGAAUUGGCCGAAUUGGGUCAAGUGCCACACAAAUCAACGCAUAGUGCCAACUUUUGGAGCAGUUUGGAAAUAGUGGCCAUAGUCCUAGUGGCAUUUUGUGGCGUGGGAUCAGUGCUGACUGCCUUGUGUUUCAUGUGCAUGCGACAGAAACGUGGUUUAUGGUCUCAACAAGAAUUUCCUUCAUCCGAAACUGGUUUAACGUAUACCAUAGCACGUGCUGGCUUAGAUUCAUGCCGCCGCAGACGACAUCAAACACAGAAGACAACAGCAGCCAAAGAUCAGCAUCACCAUCAUCAUCAGCAACAGUUACAGAGGCAAAGUCAGCAAUCUUUGUGUUCCUCGAAAACUCAAUCGACAGCAGUUGCCACACAAAAACUGCAACAACAGCAGCAGCAGCAACAACAACAACAACCGGAAUGGCCACCGCAAAAGAGUCAAAGUCUACAGCAAAAUCUUGCCCAGUUGGCAGCUAGUAACCCAAAUCCACAUCAACAUUUUCAUCAUUCGCAUUCACAUUCUCACAUCCAUCAGCACCAGCAUCAACAUCAGCAUUUGGCGACACAACAGCAACAGCAGCAGCCACAUCAAUUUUUACCACAAGUGCAACAUCUGCAUCAGCACUUAAAUAAUGAACAACGUUCUCCCAGAGAGUACAUUGAUGUUCCUUUACCGAAAUCGGUAGUCAAAUCAAUUGCCUUAAGAAAUGUUGAAGAUGAAGUCACUCCACCUUCCUCAUCAUCACCAUUCAUGCUGAAAUACAAUGCAUGUCAGCCAGUGAACAAUAUCAAUUCCUUUGAGACAUCCAUGUUUUCCCUACACUCGAGUGGUCAAGAUUCUGGGGUGGAUUUUGUUAGUAGUCGAGAGUUGUAUGAAACCUCCCCGGAUUCCUUUGAUUCGCAGACGCGAAAGACAACACAUAAAUCCUUAUGUCCCCGACAUGCCAAAGAACAUAUGGACUUGAAGCAUAACAAGACGGGAGUAAAUGGAAAUAAAUUGGAUACAGAUUCAAGUGAUAAUUAUGAAGAUUCUUUACAGAAUGAUGAUGCUUUAGUGGUAACCAAUUGUCGCUCCCUAUGCGAUCAUCACCUACAACAGCAGCAGCAACAGCAACAACAACAACUUCAUCUGGAGCUUUAUCAAAAUGCGAACUUUGAAAAACGCUCCUGUGUACGCCAUUCUUUUUCGGGUGUCAAAGAUGAUCUGAUGCAAAACUCGCCGGGUAUAUCAUUGAGAGCUCGUGGCCAUAUUUUACGCAAUUCCAUGAACGAUUUGGAACAACGUUUACACAAAUUGGAGCAGUCAUUUAAGAGGCCGCCCCUGGACUAUAAGACGAAAGAUAAUUCGUUGCAAUUUUAAAUGGAAAAAUCUGAGAUU